GAAAACAAAAUGUCCACCAACUACGUUGCACUUUUCCUGAUUUUGGUCAUCUCCGAAGGUUCAGCUUGCUUUUCAACACACCAAAGGCCAGUGGUUGCAUUUACUGCAAAGCUUUCCAAGGAUAUCAUAGUAACCGCCCACGGGAUUGUCAAGUAUGACCAAGUGUUGACCAACUGGGGCGGAGCGUAUAACCCCACUACAGGGAUAUUCACGGCCCCAUAUAACGGUCUCUACACUAUAUCCGGCACCCUUCUGAGUCAUCCAAUGAAUUCUGUGCAUUUGAAGAUUGUUAGAAAUGGGAUAAAAAUGUCUUUAUUGUUAUCAAGUUCAAAGACACAUCCUCAAUCUGGACAGACUCUACAUCUUUUACUCAAUAAAGGAGAUAGAGUGUGGAUACAGAAUGCAAAUAAUGUGGCAGCAAGACUUCACGACCACGGAUCGUACAACUUGUUUUCUGGCGUUCUAAUCAGAAAUUUUUAA